AUGCCAAGCCCCACAUCUGGUGACAAACCAGCAUCCCAUGAAAAGCCAGGGUCCAGUGUGAAACCUGCCCCUGAGAGUAAGCCCAAGCCUGAGGACAAACCAGAGAAAGUUGAUGACAAGGAUGACAACGAUGACGAAGAUGACAUUUUUGAAGAUGAAGGGAAUGAGGGUGGCAAUUCUGAUGCCAGCGAUGCGGACAAUGGCGGUGACGGAGAUGCCUUUGACAAGGAACUGGAUUACGGGUUAGACAGGCCUGCCGACAACGCGUACGCCUACCACGACAUGUGGAGCGACGAAGAUGCUGAGAACCCAGACAUUGGCUUGGAGGCGGAGGAGGCGAGUUGGCCUCAUGAGUUUGGGUGGGACUUCAAUAAUGGGAAGCCUGCCUUUGAUGCCUGGGGAGACAAGCCCAUGAAAGACAUUGGAAAACAAAAGCAAACAACUCCUCGCAGGGCUUGAUUUGUAACACAGAACACAACUCCUUCAUAAUGUGAUCGUGGGA